UGGGGGGAAAGGGGACACAACACAAAAGAGAAUUCCCAAGAAAAUGGAAGAGAAUACUGGACAAAACUCUGGCCAUAAAGCAUGUAAGAGGAGACCUUGGAGACAGGAGACAACAAAAGAAAGAGUGAUUAGGAAGAUAGGAAAGGAGAAACAGCAACAAAUCAACCCUAGUCCAAGCUGAAAGAAGCCUGGUUCAUUCUAGGUCUGUUACCACCCUUUCUUCCCUAGAGACUCAGUGCUACACAUAGGCAGCUUGUUCUCACCCAGCUGUAGCACCUGGGAUGCUCCAUUUUUAUUCUCCCUUUUCUAUUCCCCUUAGGCGCUGGAUUCCUUUGUUUUAUAAUGUACAGCUGGGAUCCAUUCAGCUAGACCAGACAAGUCAAAGUGUGAACCAUCGUGUGUUCAAAAUUAUCACCCAUCCCCAAACUCAACACACUACUGCAGACAUCGCCUUGCUGAAACUGGUCUCUAGAGUCACCUUUACUUCUUCCAUCCUGCCCAUCUGCUUGCCCCGGAUCACAAAGCAGUUGAAAAUUCCAGCCUCUUGCUGGGUGACUGGAUGGGGAAAUGUUAAGGACGAUGAAGAUCCUGAUUCUCCCUCCAUUCUCCAGGAAGCAGAAGUACCCGUCUUUGACCGUCAGGUCUGUGAACGACUCUACAACCCAAUCGGUUCCAUGCUGCCAGAAUCAAUGCCAGUCAUCCAAGACGAUGAAAUAUGUGCUGGUGAUAUAGCUAAAAUGAAGGACAGUUGCAAGGUUAGGGUUUGCUCUGAAUUUUUUUUUAAUAUGAGACUUUAAUUUUGAUCUGGGUUUUCCUAUAUGUAAACAACAGUAGAUUGGGAAUCAGGAGACAAAGGUUCUGACAAUAAUUCUUGUGUUAUGCUGAAUUACUGAUGAAUUUAAUUCUCUUCCACUUUUAAUCUAGAGAAAUGCUAACCAUUGGUUACUGGGGUUUUCACAGACUUGUAUAUUUUUACAAAUAUAUUAAGAAGUUGACAUAGAACUGCCAACUUUAUUUUUAAGUAAGAACAUUGCAUUCUACACUCAAAAGAUGUCAUUCCACUGUCUCCUGAUCAUUAACUGUCCAAUGAAGAAUGUCUUCUUCCACUGAGUGUGAUGUGUUGUUUUGCUCUGAUUGUUUUCAAUAUAAUUACCUUCACAUUUGAUUGUCAGAAAUUUGAAUGUGAUAGGGCACCUGGGUGGCUCAGUUAAGUUAAGCAUCCAACUCUUGGUU